AUGGACUUCCCCGUGUACAAUGGCACGACCGUGUUCAGGUUGCCGCCAAAUGGCACCGACUACGUCGUCGACUUUGACAACCCCCAGCAGCAGAAGGUCAUGGACCACUACCUGGUGUUUGGCAUAGGCGGGACGCUGGCAUUCAUCGCGCUGCUGCAGCGAUACUACACAAAGAUGUUCCUGUCCAAGGGACUGCAGAUGGAUGACUUGUUCAUGCUGCUGGGAUGGAUGGCGUCUGUUGUGACGCAAGCAUAUCUCGUGCAGUCGAUAUCUGUCGGCGGCAUGUGCGCCCACUCGUGGGAGAUGCCACUGGAGAGAUUCAAGGCAUAUUCACUGACGACUUAUAUCACGGCUCCGAUCUUCAUGCUCUGCAACGGCUUCACGAAACUGUCGCUCCUGACGUUCUAUCUUCAUCUCUCGCCCCAGAAAUGGUUCCGAACCGCAGUCUGGAUCAGUAUCGCCAUCGUCAGCCUCUACACGUCCAUCAUCACCCUGAUCAUGUUCUUCCAAUGCAGCCCACCACGCCAGGCCUUCCAGCUCGGCGCCGUCGAACGCAAUUGCAUCAACGCCGGUGUACUGUACAUGGCGACCGCUGUGUCCAACAUUGUGACGGACGUGAUCCUGUUCAUUCUGCCGAUUCCCAUGGUCAUCCAGCUUCACAUGCCGGUGCAGCAAAAGAUUGGCGCUGUCGUCAUCUUCGCCAUUGGCUCAGUGACCGUCGCUACAUCGAUUGUCCGUCUGACGUAUCUGCCUCCUGUGCUCAAAAGCACUGAUCCCUCCUGGGAUGCUGCGCCUGCCAAUGUUUGGACUUUCGUGGAAGCCAACCUCUUUGUCAUUUGCGGCUCCAUGCCGACCCUUCGAAAGUUCUUCAAGCACGUUGCGCCUCGCUUCAUGGGCGGAUCCUCCAACCAGUCAUACCCCUAUCCCAACAGCUACGCCGCCAACCGAUCUGCCGGCAACGCCAUCUCUCGCUCGCGCAAGACGCGCGGACAGUACACCAACUUUGACGACGAGAAUGAGAUGCAGACAUUCCAGGACCCAGACUCGGCGAGCCAGGAUGGAAGUCCCGGGAAAGGCACGGGCGCCGCCACCGUGACCGUCGACGCAUCGAACAGCAACGAGGGCGACUCGCAUAGCGAAAAGGCCAUCUUGCAGACCACGACGUAUACUGUGCAGUACGAAGAGAGGGUACCCAAAUAA